AAUUAAUAUGCAUUUGUUCAAAAUACAAAGUAUUGUGUGUUUUUUAAUUUACAAGCGUUUUUUAGUUAUCCCAGUCGAUCUUCUCAAGUACAAACACUCAACAAACAAUAAACUUGUUUCAUUUACUUCGUGCCGUAAUCCCGCCAACCGACAUGCAUUCUGGGUACCUCCUGCAUGAAAACAGCGCCACAUUUCCAGAGACUGAGCGUAUGGUUGAGUCGACUAACCUUUAAGAAUCAACAUGUCUGUCAGACUUCGAGUCAUACUGCAGGAAGAAAUUCGCAAGCUUACCUUGCCCUCAGGAAUCCCUCAGACUGUGGGGGAAUUGAAGAAUAUUUUACAAGAGACAUUUGCAAUUGAACAAGAUUUUAGUAUUCAGUUUCAGGACCAAGAUUUCGAUGGUCAGUUUUUUAGUCUCCUUGAAACUAAGGACAUAAAGGACAAAGACACUAUCAAGGUGGUUCUUAUUGAACCAGUGAUCACACUAACAUUUGAGGAUUGUUUGAAUGCUAAAGGACUCCAAGAGAGCACUGACUGCAGUCAUGCAGAGUCAUCGAAAGAUACCUGUUCCACAGCAUCCACCAUAAUUCUGUCUUCUCCAGAGAGCACCUCCUCCCUUCACUCUGAGUCCUGGCCAGCUCAGUUUGAGAUACCUACCUUCUCCUUUGACACUGAACUCAUUCUGCAAGCUGCAAAUGAAGCUUACAGAAAGGACGGAACCUUACUCAACAAUCCUGCAGUAAAAUCCAACAUUCUGGACAAAUUAGCAGCUAGCAUCUUUGUCUACACUGCCUAUCCUUCACAAGCACAAAGGGAGCAGGUUGCUGAGGCCCUUGUUGCGAAGCACCCAUCUUUGAGGGACCCAGUAUCGUUCAAUGGUUUAUAUAGUUGGCACAACAGCUUGAAGUAUAAGCUUGGCAAUUACAGAGCAAAGAUUGAGGAGGAAUUCCGCAGGAUCACACUGAAGCCACUUCAGUCCACAUUCCUGGGCAAGUUGGACCAAUACACACCCCAGCUGUUGAGCCUGUACAGGAGGAAGGGUGGAGCCGUUGGGAAGAAACUUGAUGAGACCCUUGACAUGCUGAAUGAGGACAGCAACAUUGAGUCCCGAAGAGAAGUUGUGAUCAGAGGCCUCAUUCUCUACCUUGGUGAAAACACUGGAGAGUUAAUCAAGGACUUCCAGGUUUUCGAUGACGACGAUGCUGCAGCUGUCCAAGAAGCCAUUACUACAUUUGUCCUCGGCAUCUUUGUGGUCAGCAAAGCCAGGGAUGGUCUCCCCAAGCAAGCUGGAAUAGCCAUCGAGGGAGCAGAAGUCCUUUUUGGUAUCCCAGAUGUGGCACAUGCUUGCACCUAUCUGAUGGGCCUUAUCUAUGCCUUGGAACUAAGGUACCCUAAUAAACUGAAAUACACAUUUGAGGUCUUUCAGAAGAUCUUUUUGGAGCUGGAGGAUGCAAACAAAAAAAUGUCCUCCAAAGUCCAUGAUCUCAAAGUCUGUUUGCAUGCUUAAAAGCCAUACAGAUGGUGUUGAAAGUAUAGGAUUUGAGUGAACUCACUCUUGUCAAGUUUGACAGUUAGUUUUACACUGCACAUUCUGAGGUUCUCCCAAUGCACUCUCUCAGGUUACACUACUUGUUUCUUUAUUCUGUGAUGCUGGAAAAUAUUUAAUUUGAUUGAAUAUGAUGAUGCUGGUGCAUGCUUAAUUUUGUUAUGUAUUGCGCAUUCUAUCUGUUCUCUGCACUUUAAAUGGCACACAUAAUGGAUGUAGCUGUUUUGACAGCUAGGAUUUCAUUUAGUUAUAGUGUUCUGAUCUCUAAGAAAGAUUGUCAGUGGGGUUCUGAUAGUAUGUCUGGAGUUCAUAGAGUUCAGUUCUUAUUGUCAAAUAAAUUUGUUUAUUUGAGCUAAA